AGAAGAAGAAGAAAAUAACAACUGCAAUAACUGUUCUAGCCUUGUUAAACGAAGAACGAGAGAAGAAUGAACUUUGUUGUUAUCAUCGAGUUCUUCACCUUUUGGGUUUGCUUUUCGUUUCUGAUAUUCAGCUCAGAGUUCACUCAAGCCCAGAAGAAGGGUGAGAUGGGUAGUCGUACAAGAAAGAAACCCGGCCUGCAUGACGAGGCGAGACAAGAGUGCUCGGGGAAAGGAGUGACGGUGUCUCGAAUUAGAAAACCAGAGGAAGGUGAUGUAAAAUGUCCAGAAGGAUUCACCUUCCUGUUGACCCGGAGUAAACAACCAAGAUGUGUUCCACCAGAUCCAAAAUAUGACCCGAAUGUGCACGUCACUACAGAAAGAUACACCAAAAAUAUCAACUAAUCGCCAUCUGCUUCCUCUACAAAUGUAUUGAAAUCUACCCAGCUUUUUUUAGCUUGCACAAAGUAUGGAAAGAGAUUCGAAGAUGUUACUAUGAACUGGCCUGAAAAUGUAUACAAUAAAAAUUCGUUGGUUGUGGGAAAGGUGAACAUGCGCCUGUGUAAGUCUGCCUGUUCCCGACGAGCGCUCACUGCGGGAGUUUGGGUGGAUUUGAAGAGUAAUUGUUACUGUCUUCUAAACAGAGGAGCUCGAGGUACUAAAAACAUCAUGGGGACAAUUAGAUAUUUCAGCAGGCGCACGUGCGCUUGACGCCAAACCGGAAAUGCUCCGUAACAGAAAACAGUGCUGGACACGUCAAUUUAUUUUUUAAAACGUGUUUUUUUUUUUUUUUUUUAUAUAAUUUUUGAAAAAUCCACUAGCCAUGGGAUAAGUGAUUUUAAAAAUUUACUAGCCGUGAUUAAAAAUUAGCUUGUGCUACUUUACUUUAAGUUAAUACAACUUUACUAAAUAAUAGUAAUAAUCAGAUAUGUUACCUAAAGAGGAAGAUACAGUUUAAAUGACAAUCAUUGGGGAUUGGUGUGGGGGACAGGAUAUUCAUAAUAUUAUUUACAAAAUAGA